GAACUUACCAGACUGUUCUAGCUGUUUUAUUACUUGCCUUUACCCACUUAGUCAUUAUGUCCACAUUACUGACGAAUAUUUAUCAGAAAUCUCAUGUUAAUAUUUUGUAAAAGUACCAAUGGUCAACCCUACAUUAUCGUUGCAAUAUCGAUAUCAAGUCUCUCUGCAGAGCUUCACCCAUCUGCUAUCAACUAUGUCUACUCACACCGGCGUUCUGCUUCUCAUCACUCUUUGGGCCUCCAUGGAGGAUGGUUUUGGUCUACCGGUGAUAAAACAUCUGGAUGUGGAGGCCGGUGACGGCGUCCCAACACAGAGAGUGAGGACCAAGCGCUGCGCCUGCAGUAGCCAGCUGGACUCGGAGUGCCACUACUUCUGCCACCUGGAUAUCAUCUGGGUCAACACGCCCAGUAAGACAACAGUUUAUGGGCUGGGCAGCGCUCUGUCCCGACGCAGACGGUCCACUGGUCGCUGCACCUGUGCCAACCCUGAAGAUCAAACCUGCACCAGCUACUGCCAACACAGUCCUGAAAUCACCUCCCCAAAGAGAUCUGUGAAGAGACUCGACAUACUCAGCAUCCUACGAGCUGCGGCCAGCAGGUCCAAGAGAGCUCUGGAUUCAGACAGAGACGAGUCCUCUCACGAGAGGAAGAACGCUCGCUGAACAAUGUGCCAGCUGAGUGAUAGUGAGAGAAAGAGAGCGGCGAGCACCUGAACAAAUGGCCCUCCUUUGAUAGAGAGGUGGCAAACAAAGGGCUGCUGAAAGACGGACGCAGGAAGGCCCGAAGCGCCACAAAGACGUCUGUUUGUACCUGUGGAAUAAGAGGGUGGAAAAUGUGACAGAGAGUUCUACAAACACAUCAUGGAAACAGAUGUGGAGAAUCAGCUCCGAGAGGUGAUACUAGCAUGAUAAGAGAGCGCUGCAGUGCCUGUGGUCAUGUUUGACUCUAACAGUUAGAUCAAUUGUCACACUGUACAGAGAGACCAGGCCAACACUGUCAUAGGAGACACAGAAGAAAAGGAACAUGCAUACAGUAUAUACUGUAAACACAUGACUUUCUCACAUACAUGGCAUGUUUUUACUCAUUCUUUUGUAAAAUGCCUUUAUUUUCUUUUAUGGAUCAACAGAUUUAUUUUAUCAUUAUGAUGUACUUUAGGGAUACAUGUUGAGUAUAAAGGAUAAUUGUGUGCAAAAGUGUAAAGCAAAUCAAAUAGAAUUGAAUCAAGCCUGUAUCUUAAUAUCUGUCUGUCAAAGUUUUUGAAUGUGAAGAUAAAUUGUAAAAAUGACCCUCAUCUUGUUUUGGUCUUAUUUUUCCUUAUUUAUGACCUUCUCUGUUUGCUUCAGGAAGGCACACUGUGUAAAGUAAAUCAAAGAAACUAUAUGUGAAGGAUAAUGUGAGGGAAAAUAAAUCCUCUUAAGCGGCAUGUGUGAUUCAAUUGUGUGACAAGCAAACACAUUUCUGAGUUCAAAAGGAGGCCUGAGACGGAUGAAUGGUCCAGGAAUUCAAGGCCCACAUUAAUAAUAAGUUCACCUGCUAGUCAAAGGGAGCACGGCCGGUGUUAUCAUAAGGAUCUGUGGAAAGAAUGCAGCAUUUUGUUACUUUGCUCGGGGGGCGAGAGAGAAGAACAAAAUGCCCUGUCACCCCGUGUUCCUUUCUGAUUGCCUGCGCCGUACAUACCGUCCACGCAUACCUGGAUAUGUGCAGACGAAAGCUGGAGAAAACAAGAGAUGAUUCCUCUGUCAACUAGUGAAUAAAGCUGCAGCGAACUGACCUGCUUUUUGCUGGAGAGACCCCCUGCAGCCAUCUCUUGGAAACAGGCCUGAGCACAACCACAGCCUGGCUUCAUAUAGGCUGCAGGCAUCCUCCGUCUAACACAGUUAUGCAAUUCUCAUACUUCAGUCAGAAGUACAUUUUUACACGAUUGUUUAAAAUGAUUCACACGGAACCAGGCUAGCUGUUUGCCCCUGUUUCUAGUCUUUAUGCUAAGCUAAGCCUACAGC